ACCCGCAGGAGACAGCCGGGGCCGGGCGCCCGCCCCGUUACAGCCGGUGGCCGCGGCCCCUUCUCCGAGCGGCGAGCCAACUGAAAAUGUCUCAGAAUCCUGACAAGCCACAUUCAAGUAAAGAGAAGUUGGGUGGCUUGGAGGAUGGUCAAGAGGAGAGCUUGGACAACCUGGACCAGUCUAUUAGGAAGAGAAUACGACAGAGUGCUCCAGGGUCACACAGAGAUGAUACACCAAAGUCCAGUCCUCCUCGGCCUGUGUCAGUAGAAGAGCUCAUGGAAACAGCUAAGGGAGUAACCAACAUGGCAUUAGCACAUGAAAUUGUUGUUAAUGGAGACUUCCAGAUAAAACCAACUGAAUUACCAGAACACAGCUUAGAAAAAAAAGUAAGAGAUAUUGUGCAUAAGGCUUUUUGGGAUUGUCUGGAAGCUCAGCUACAGGAAGAUCCACCGAUAUAUGACCAUGCAAUUAAACUACUGGGAGAAAUUAAAGAGAAUCUCCUGUCCUUCUUGUUGCCUGGUCAUAUGAGACUGAGAAGCCAGAUUACUGAAGUUCUUGACUUGGAUUUGAUAAAACAGGAGGCAGAAAAUGGGGCCCUUGACAUUUCUAAGUUGGUUGAAUUUGUUAUUGGGAUGAUGGGGACUCUCUGUGCUCCAGCUCGAGAUGAAGAAAUUAAGAAGCUAAAAGAUAUUAAUGAAAUAGUUCCCCUGUUCAGAGCAAUUUUCUCUGUAUUAGACCUAAUGAAAAUGGAUAUGGCAAACUUCGCUGUCAGUAGUAUUAGGCCAAAAUUAAUGCAGCAGUCUGCUGAAUAUGAAAGAAAGAAGUUUCAGGAGUUUCUUGAGAAACAGCCAAAUUCUUUAGACCUGGUUACAAGGUGGUUGCAAGAAGCAGCAGAUGAUCUUGCAAAGCUGAGAUGUAAGAUGCUGCCUCCACACUGCAGUAGUGAUGGUGCCACAGGGGGAGCUUUCACCUUGUGCCCCACUGCUGUACAAAAUCAUGCCUAUCUGAAGCUGCUAAAGUGGGAUCACUUAAACAGGCGUUUUCCAGAAACAGUGCUCAUGGACCAGAGUCGCUUUCAGGAAAUACAGCUGGAGCUGGAGCAGCUGCUGCUGAUGGGGACAGUCCUGCUGGUGACGUUCAGUGCAUCAGGCCCCGCGCUCAUCGACGUGCCUGGAUUUGCUGAGAGAAUCAAAACCAUUGUCAGGGUACUGCUGACAGGAAUGCAUCUUCCGUCCUUUAACCUGCAGGAGUCCUUGGCCACCAUGGGUGAGAAGGUGUGUGCUGAAGUGAACAGCUGCCUGUCCCAGCAUGGCUUCACGCCCUUCACCGCCGAGAGAGAGGCUGUGCUUAAAGGGCAGAUCCAAGCAGCGGCCAACCCAGAGAACUCCAUCUGCAAGCUCGUAGAUUCUCGAAUUCAAAAGUUUCUGGAGAAUUAUCUUGCAUCUAGUCACCAGAAAUCCUUACCUGCUGUUCCUGGAGGAUUAGGCCCUAUUCAAAGAGAGCUGGAAGAGAUUGCUGUCAAGUAUGUUCGUCUUGUCAACUACAACAAAAUGGUCUUCAGCCCUUACUAUGAUGCAGUCCUUGGCAAAAUACUGACUAAGGAAGAAUCCCAGUUUCUAGGGAAGUCAGAAGAAUCCUAAAACCAGUUUGUAUGCUACAAAUGUGGUAUUGUCAGCUAUCUGAAAAAACAGUUGCACCGAUACUUGUCUAGGAAAACAGCUUUCCAUGUAAAUACUGGUUCCUUUUAAUUCACUAGUGAUGACGGGCAAGGAAAAUCCAUGAAAUACAAUCGAGGUUCUGAAGUAAAUGCUGAGAGAUGCAUUUUAAGUGUGAAACCGGGGGGUGUGGCUUGGUACAUUUCUGGCUGCAAUUUUGAGGGUUUAAGAACCAAACUUUGUAUUUAAGUGGCUCAUUUUAGGGCAUUUGACUCUGAUUUACCGUGAAUUUAGUUUAAUUAAUCCAGAGCAGAUUAGCAAUGGUCUUUCCCAGAAGGGGUGAUUUAGCUUUUAAAAAAUACUACAUUAAAAGUCUUAAGAAGAAAACAAAAAUUAGGUAAGAGAAACUUUAACAGGCAAAAACCAAAUCCAAACAGCACUUUAUUGUAACAUUAUGGUUAGUAUGGUAAACUACAAGUUUUUUCUGCAUUUGACUGCAUUUUUAAUAGCGCUUUUUUUGCUGUUUACCUGCAGAUGUUACAAAACACAUGAUAUAUUUUUGUAGCAAUUUUUCUGGUUAUUGGGUAACUGUCCUCUGCUAUGUACAGAACUUCCAAAGGUGGCAAUCUUAUAGAUUGCAGCUGUAUUUAUCUCUUGUAAAGACUUCAGAAGGGCAGAGCUAAAAAUGUUGUGAUAAAAGUGGCAUUUCUUACCUUCUUUUUUUUCUUUUGCUAGUAGUUUACUCCUUUUUAUGUGAAAUACUAAUUUUGAAGUAAAUCUUUGUCAUUUUUCAGAAGGUGGAUUUCAAGUGUGUGAAACUUUAGGCUGAAACUUUUACUUGCUUUUUUUAAGUUUACAACUGGAGGUGGUUGCAUCUUCAAUCACAUCUUCAAAAAUAUCCAGGGGUGCACUAUUGGAAGUGUGAUUUUAACGUACUGUGAGAAGUGAGUUGUGUAAUAUUUAAAGUAGAAGAUUUUUUUCACUUUGUAGAGGUGUUUGUGAAACUUGAAACUAUUUGUAGGUCUUAAAUUUAAUUAGCUACAUGUCAUAUAGAAGAGUGUUCGCAGAAGAGCUCAGUGAUCUUGCAGCCUUGUUGCAAUUUCAGACUCAGCUAGGAGGUAAGUAUGUUUGCAAGUUUCCUCUAGUUGAGCAGAACACUAGAUUACAGUAAUCAAAAUUUGAUGAUUUUAUGAAAGCAGAGUUCUUAGUUGUAAACAGUGUGUCCCAAGUGCUGGACUAUCCAAAACAGAAUGUGUCAUCUUUCAAAAAAAAACCCCAGGUUACGUAACAUAAAUAAAGAGCCCUUUGAUUUCUAACAUCCAGGUUCAUUUCAUUAAUCCAUUAGUCAGCCAAAAUAAUAGAACGUCUAGGAGGCACUUGCUUAUGAAUCAAUGUUGAUGCUUUCCUUCAAAUGUCAGUGUGGAUACAGCUGCACUAACUUUGAGUUUGGAGGAAGGUGGGAUAAGUAAGACCUUUUAUUCCAUGUUAGCCUGUGCAGCGAUUAAAUCAAAUGUUUUCUCAUCCAUUACAAUCUCUUCCCCUAAGGGAAAAAAACCACCAAAUCCCUGCAGGAGACCACCAGCUCAGACAAGUGAUUUUUCCUCUUGGCUAAAUGUACUCAGAAAAUGGAUGUCUGUCUGUCCAUGUUUCUGUGAUAACUUGAAAAUCAGUAAGUUGGUUAGCCAGAAAAACCCAGUUCCGAGUAUGUUUUUGGUGUGGCCCCCUUCGUUGUUUGAAUCAGCAAAAGGAUACUAGAGAGGUCUUUGAGACUGCUGCAUCUGCACACUGUACUCAGUUAUUAGUGCAGGAUCCACCUCAAAACACAGCUUUGCAGCUCCAAAACGUUCAGUAGUCUGUGUAACAAAAGAGCUACUGGAAACAUUAUUGCUGGAAAGAGGAAAAAACCCAACCCCCUACGAGAAAGCUAUUUUCAUUUGUGUUAAAUGAGUUGCAGAAGUUAUACAUUUUAGUAUUGCCUAGAGACUGCCUUUAAAGGCCCCUGUGAAUUUAUGCUUAUGACAAAAAACUAGGUGCUAUAGAGGAUGAUCUCAAAGAUGUGAGAAGGAACAACGUAACUUAGAAAGGCCUACUUCGAAAAGUAGGUGACUGCUGCCAGAAUGACUGGGGCUGCAUGAGGGAUAGAUGAAAUCGUGCUUGGUGACUGUAAGAGAUAGAUGGCUGCCCCCAGCUCGGGGGCUUGCAGGGUCCAGGAUUGAUCAGGUCCGUGCUCCCUCCCGCCAGACCCACAGUCCCUGUACUGCAGGGGGGGAAGGUCACUCUCCUUGUCCAGCGCCGGAGUUUCCCAGAGCACGGGGUUCUGACGCUCUCAGCCAAGUGCAAUCCUCAGACAGUCAACUACCAGUUAAAAUCUCAAGCGGGCAUAGAAAUGGCUUUGAAAGUUCACGUAGUGUUUUUGUUAGCUUUUUUGAAAAUAAGAGGUUAAACUAUGUAGCUGAUCUAUUAGCAUUUAGCUUUGUGCAUUAUUAAGUGGAAGAACCAACGCAGCCAUGCGGGGACAGACGGUGUUCUACUACUCCACAUUAGGAACACACACCCAGUUUGUCUUACAGUGCUGUCUUCUUUAAGCAGUCGUGGAAUUAAAAGCAAAAGUAUACUGUAUCCUCUAGAAAAAUGGAAGAAAAGCUAAUUCUAAUAUGUAUGUUCUGAGCAAUUUCCUGUGAUGGUCUUAUUAACAUUGCUUUUGAAGUGGCUGAGUAAUA